AGUCAUAGGGCAGCAGCCAUGAGCCUGGUGGCCUGCGAGUGCCCGCCCAGCCCUGGCCAAGAGCCUGAGCCCUGCUCACGAGUACGGUCCCAGGCCCACACGUAUUUGGAGCAAAUUCGCAACCGGGUGGCUCUGGGGGCACCUGACAUGACCAAGCGUGACUACCUGGUAGAUGCAGCCACACAGAUCCGGCUGGCCCUGGAGCGCGAUGUUGGUGAGGACUACGAGGCAGCCUUCAACCAUUACCAGAAUGGCGUGGACGUUCUGCUACGAGGCAUGCACGUCGACCCCAACAAGGAGCGAUGCGAGGCUGUAAAGCUGAAAAUUACCAAGUACCUGCAGCGGGCAGAAGAGAUCUUCAACUGCCACCUGCAGAAGACACUGGGCAGCAGAGCCAGCCCUGGCACGGGUUUCAGCAGCCUGAGGCUCCGGCCCAUUCGCACACUGAGCUCCACCCUGGAGCAGCUGAGGGGCUGCAGGGUGGUUGGGGUCAUCGAGAAGGUGCAGCUAGUCCAGGACCCAGCGACCGGAGGGACCUUCGUGGUGAAGAGCCUGUCCAGGUGCCACGUGGCGAGCCAGGAGCGGCUGACCAUCAUCCCACAUGGUGUCCCCUACAUGACCAAGCUGCUGCGGUACUUUGUGAGUGAGGACUCCAUCUUCCUGCACCUGGAGCAUGUGCAAGGAGGCACUCUCUGGUCCCACCUGCGCUCCCAGGCCAGCCCCCAACAAUCUCGGCUCAGGUCUGUCUCCAGCCUGGAGAGGAUGAAGGCUCAGCUCAACUCCUGCCUCAGCCUCCGGACCCCAAUGCUGCUCCCCCUGGGCCGCACCUGCCUCCAGGACAGAGUCCCCCAAGAGCACCCACAGACUUGUCAGAGCCUUCCCCCAGACAGGGAGGCCUCAUCAAUCAGACCCCAGAGAGAGGCUGAAGGUGAACCUUCAGCCAGGAUCAGCACUUCCUGCUCCUCGAACCUUCCAAAGGCUCCAAGUGGCCUCCUGCACCUCCAAUCCAGGAGAAGACCUGGCCAGAACUUGGACACAGGGUCCCCUUGGGGGCUCCCUUGGGUUCGCGAGGGGGCCGGCCGGGUGCUGGGGGGCUGUGGCCGUAGCAGAGGUACGAGCCGCCCCUCAGCAGAUGAAGCCAGCUUGGGGUCUGGCAGGGGUGCCUGGAGCGCGAGUGAAGAACAGGUGAAGCAGUGGGCGGCCGAAAUGCUGGUGGCACUGGAGGCGCUGCACGAGCAAGGGGUGCUGUGCCGGGACCUCAAUCCUCGAAACCUGCUCCUGGACCAGGCAGGUCACAUCCGGCUCACAUAUUUUGGCCAGUGGUCAGAGGUGGAGCCCCAGUGCUGCCGGGAGGCUUCGGACAACCUCUACAGUGCCCCAGAGGUGGGUGGGAUUUCUGAGCUGACGGAAGCCUGUGACUGGUGGAGCUUUGGGUCUCUACUGUAUGAAUUGCUGACUGGAAUGGCCCUGUCCCAGAGCCACCCCUCAGGAAUCCAGUCUCACACCCAGCUCCAGCUGCCUGAGUGGCUCAGUCGCCCAGCAGCCUCCCUGCUGACUGAGCUGCUGCAGCUUGAUCCCACCAGGCGCCUGGGCGCUGGAGGAGGCGGUGUCGACAGACUCAAGUCUCACCCCUUCUUCAGUACAAUCCAGUGGAGCAAACUGGUGGGGUAAGAGGGGGUGCGGUGGGUGAUGGAAGCAGCUGGACUGGUCUGGAUCUUCUCUUCGCCUGUCACCAAAGCUGGCCCCUCUAAUCAGUGACCCUCCGCAAAGAAUGCAGGGCAGCUGCCUUUCCUGCUCAGCCCUCUCCGCUGGGCCUCAGAAGUAAUCAUCGCCAUUGCCCCUGAGGCGCCUAGGGAGUUCCCCAGCCAUCUCUGGAAGAAACCUUUUCUAGUCACUGCUGAGGGGGAGGGACAGGACAGAUCGCAUCACGCUAGGCAGCUUGGACCCCUCUACCCAUCCAUCCUCACCCAUCAGUCAACGGAUGCCCGUUGAGCGCACAUUCUAUACCUUGAAUGCAAACUUACCACGUAAAAGGGUGCCUUCUGUCACGUUAGCUCUGAACUACUGACCACCUGCUGAGCUGACUUCGAGGCUUUGUGACUUGAUACCUGCCAUGUUGUGCUUCACUUGGGACAUAUCUGGAGACCCAUCUCAGGAUACUGGUCCACUGGCUCAGUGCACUCAAACCAUGGCUGUCAUGCAAGUGGCGGGCCUCUUCCACCAGACUACUGCUGCAGGGGGUGGGGAGGCUGGGGAAGCAGGGAAGAAAUCUGUAGUGGGCAUGAAGUGAGAUGGGGGACCAUGCCUCCUAUCUUGUGAUUUCAGACUUUGGAGAGUAAAAGGAAGGGAGAACAGGAAAAUAAGGAUAGAGAGAAAUGAGGAGAGGGAGGAAUGCAUAUCUUUGCCACUUAGAGCAAUUUUGGAAUAGAGUUCCCUUCCCCAGCUAGCCCACCGGUGUCAAGAAAACGGGAGCCUGCCCCUUGGCUCUGAGAUGAGACCACGCCAGUAAGACAAGUUGUACCCAUUCGGAUUCCCUUCUCAGGCCUUCAUCCUGUUUACCAUUUUGCAUUCUAGUCUUGAGGGCCCACUCAAUUCACUGCCCACUGGGACUUCAUCCCCUUUUGAAAUGAGAACUCAAAAAACACAGAGAAUGAUUGCCCAAGUUUUUAGUCAGAAGCAUUUCUAGGGUAAGUAGUUACCCCAAAAGACAAUCCCCUUCCCAUCUUUGGAGGCCCUCUUAUUCCUCUCAGAUCUGGUAACUGGGAUCUGGCAUCUAAGACUUCCACCAGACCUCUUCCCCAAAUUCCUUCCCUCCAAUGUGUCUCCAAUACCACCAGGUGGCGCCUCUGACACCUUUCUCUAGUCUGGCUCUGAAGGCCCAAGUCUUAUCUCUGGGGGUAGGGACCUGUGUUGUUGGAGAGGCCAGAAUAACUCUGGAGCAGAAGGGACAUAGAGAAGCACAGCCUCAUAUGGUACUGGUUUCCUUGGGGCUUGCCUGUACCCACUACCCACCCGUCAAUAAAGCCUGAUGUUGCCUAUGG